UCCAAUAUAGAAUGGGGCGGUUUUGAAGCACGCUAAAUCCGACUCGAAUUCGCCCCAUUACCAGACUCUCAAGUCCCAACUGUGCGGGAGAGAGGAUAGCACCGGGCAGCCAGAGGAUGCCGUCGGCGGCCAUGACCACCUCAAACCUUAACCCACGAAUUCUUCCUUGGAGAUUGAAGUCUCCGGCGGUCAUGUCCUCCUCUUCUUCUUCUUCCACUUCCGUUCGUUGUGCCUCUUCUCUCUCACAAUCACCCCUCAGAUACGCAGUUCUUGGGGCUGGCUUUGCUGGCUUGUCCGUAGCUUGGCAUUUGUUGCAGCACAGUCCCAAGGAGUUGCCCAUGUGCAUUGACAUUUAUGAUGAAGUUGGCAUUGGUGGGGGUGCAUCUGGAGUGGCUGGAGGGCUCCUUCAUCCAUAUUCCCCUAAAGAUUGGAUUCUUUUUGGGCUUAUUAGUCUGAUUCUAGCAGUUAAGCUUCUUUGGCGGGGUGCAGAGUGCUGGAGUGAGAGUUUAAAGCUUUUAGGCAUUGCUGAAGCAACAAUGGCAUCCAAAGAAUUGGACUCAGAAACUCCAGAUUUUGAAGAAACUUCUAAUAGGUUCAUAGUUAGGAGAAGAGGCAUUCUGAGACCAGCAAUCAGUUUGAAGCAUUUGAACAUAUUAACUGAUAAUGCUCAGAAAUCUCUCCCCUGUUGCAAAAUUGAGUCCCUUGAUAGAGAUGCUGCCCAAAAUCUUGUCCCCAGUUUGUGUGUACCUUCGAACUUGGCCUUUUACAUGCCUGAAGCUAUAAAUGUUCAUCCUCAACGUUAUCUCAAGGCACUUCUUUUAGCGUGCGAAGACCUGGCAAAAGACCUGUCAACUUCUGGUUUAAACAGAAAAGAGCUGCACCUGCACAAGAAGUCUGUUAACAACCUUCUUGAACUAGCAGGUGACUAUAGUGCAGUAAUUGUUUGUCUUGGUGCUAGAGCAGGGUUUCUUCCCGAACUCUAUGAGAAGCUUCCUUUAAGGACCUGUAGAGGUGUCAUUGCUCACCUGCAGCUGCCUGAUGAUGUAAGUGAAGUUUAUCCAGACCAUGCCCCCUCAAUCUUGUCAGACGCCUGGCUUUCUAUCCAGGGGCCUCGCAAUCUACAAUUGGGAUCGACAUGGGAAUGGAAUUCCAGAAAUUAUUCAUCCGAUGUCCCUCCAGAGGAAGCUUCAAAAGCCCUACAAGAGCUCCUACCAAAGGCAUCUGCUAUAUAUCCGGCCAUAAAGAAUUGGGCUUUCACCGGAGCAAGUGCAGGUCUAAGGGCAAUGCCGCCCCUCACUCCCCAUGGGUCGCUGCCACUUCUGGGCUGUCUAAAUGAUCUUGUAGGUGGGAAUCACACUUGUAAAUAUUGGUUAUUUGGAGGGCUUGGUUCAAGGGGAUUAUUGUAUCACGGUUGGCUUGGAAAAUUAUUGGCACAGGCUGUGCUUUCCUGUAACGAAGAUUUAUUACCUUCUGAACUAACAUCUUGGAGGAAUAAGAAAGAGAAAGAAUAAAUACAAGAAUUUCUUGGUCUCAA